AUGUCGUCCUCCAUAACCCCUUGCUCUCCCUCUUCAACCGCUCCCAAAACUACAAGCAACCCAGCAAUAAGAGCCGAGAAACAAGCCCAAAUGCAGACACAAGCUUUACACGAUUACCGUUCUUCCCCCCAUUCUCCCCAUACCUCCCUCCAAGAUGCCGAUUCGACCAGCCGAACUUAUCUGCCCAAGAGGCAUUUCUCGACCCUAGCCCUGAUCGGUCUAUGUUACUGUAUCCUGAAUUCCUGGACUGCGGCCUCUGCUAGCAUGUCUACUGCGCUUGUUUCUGGUGGACCUUCGGUAACACUCUGGGGUAUGCUGGUUGCCUUUGUUGGCGUAAUGUCGACCGCAUUAAGCAUGGCAGAGAUUUGUCACGUAUAUCCAACAACGGGAGGGCAAUACCAUUGGAGCUUCCUCCUAGCACCCGCACGGUACCGUUAUGCUAUAGCAUACUUUACCGGUUGGAUCUCGGUCUCUGGAUGGGUAGCGCUCACAGCAACUGCUAGUAGUUUAGCUGGACAAUUCAUCGUCGGUAUAAUCGCUUUGCUUCAUCCUAAUUACCAAGAGAAGAAUUGGCACAUCUUUCUGGUUUACGUUGCAUUCAGCCUCGGAGCUUGGCUUAUAAAUGCUUUCCGAGUCAAGAUGCUCGACAGUCUAAACAGGAUAGCGAUGCUCUGGUCACUCCUGGGCGCAGUAGUAAUCAUGGUGACGUGUCUAGCUAGAGCCAGUGCAAACUACCAAUCAGCUCGAUUCGUAUUUGCACAAUUCACCAAUACCACCGGAUGGCCCAACGGUGUGGCUUGGAUCCUAGGCCUACUCCAAGCAGCAUUCUCUCUCAUCGGUUCCGAUGGCGCAACCCAUCUGAUAGACGAAAUUGAUCAACCCUCGAUCAAUGCACCAAGAGCAAUGAUACUGGCCGUAGCCAUUGGUGCUGGUUCAACUUUUAUCGUCCUGAUGGUCUUCUUGUUCGUUCUACGUGAUUUUGCUGCGGUUACCGAUUCACCGGCAGGAGCGCUAUUGGAAAUCAUAUACCAAGCCGUAGGAAACAAGACAGGAGCAGUAUGCCUACUUAUGUUUCCCGUUUGCAGUAUGGCCUUUACCGCCACAGCACUUUUAACUACAAGCUCUAGGAUGACUCAAGCUUUCGCAAGGGAUAAAGGUCUUCCCAUGCAUACACUUUUGGCCAAGAUCAGUAGAAAAGAACAAGUUCCCAUACCAGCUCUCAUCUUAACCACAACAUGGGUGAUCGUCUUUGGCUGUAUCUACCUCGGCUCAUCUUCGGCUCUAAACGCAAUUCUGUCUUCGUCGGUGGUCUUACUGCAAGUAUCCUACAUGAUUCCGAUUAUCCUUCUUCUGUGUCGAGGCAGAAAAGCGCUGAAUGAAGCUAGCCGAGAAGGAGAAAAGAGAAGGUUGAAUAUGGGAAAGUUACUAGGUCCGAUGGUAAACAUCUUGGCAGUAAUGUUCGUAGUGUUUACUAAUAUUUUUUUCCUCUUCCCACCAGAAUUGCCAGCGACAGGAAGCAAUAUGAAUUACACUGUCGUAGUCGUUGCAGUAGUGGCCCUCUUGAGUGGUGUAGCAUGGAUGGGCAGAGGCAGGAGAGAGUUCAGAGGUCCAUUGGAUAUGGAUGACAUUCUAUUCCGCACUAGAGGUUUUCGUCCGUUCGAGCAAGCGGAUGAGGAGCGCGUUCGGUCGCAGGACGAAACUGUCAGAGCCCAUGUCGUUGCCGAGGAAAAAACAGACGAGACAUCACAUUGA